GAUCAUUCAGCGGCUGCAGUAAAAACCCUGAUUAUAAAAGCCGACACUCAGGAACUUCUCUCAGGAGCUUCUCUCAGAACAGGAACAUCUAAACCACCGACCAUGCUGAGAUCAGUCUUACCCGCACUGCUGCUACUGACCCUGCAAACCCACAACAGGGCAGUGGAAGGCCUGGAUCUACGAGCUUAUGACUACACCAAGUACCACACCAUGGACGAGAUCUCAGCCUGGAUGGUGCAGAUGGAGACGGAUCACCCUGAGGUGGUGUCCAGUAUGAUAUAUGGAACAACAUACGAGAACAGGAGCAUCAGCCUGCUGAAGAUCGGUCUGAACAGCACCAGUCCAAAGAAGGCGAUAUGGAUGGACUGUGGGAUCCACGCCAGAGAAUGGAUUGCUCCAGCUUUCUGCCAGUAUUUCGUAAAGGAGAUCCUGGCCUCCUACAAAACAGACACGAAGAUGAAUGAAAUGUUUAAGAACCUGGACUUCUACAUCACUCCUGUUCUCAACAUGGACGGAUACAUCUACUCCUGGGUGGACAACACGACUCGUCUGUGGAGGAAGUCCCGGUCUCCGGGUUCUGACGGCUGCAGCUGCUACGGCACUGAUCUGAACCGGAACUUCUACGCUAACUGGGGAAUGGUGGGAAUUUCUCGUAACUGCUGUUCGGAGGUGUAUAACGGUCAGUCCGCUCUCUCCGAGUCUGAGGCCAGAGCCGUCACCGACUUCCUGAGCUCCAACCGAGACCAGCUGCUCUGUUUCCUCACCAUCCACUCCUACGGUCAGCUGAUCCUCGUCCCCUACGGACACCCCAACAUCUCAGCGCCCAACUACAGCGAACUGAUGGAGGUGGGUCUGGCUGCAGCGAAGGCCAUUAAAGCCGUUCAUGGGAAGGAAUACGUAGUGGGGACCUCGCCUGACGUGCUGUAUGCGAAUUCGGGUUCUUCGCGGGAUUUCGCUCGUCUGAUCGGGAUCCCGUUCUCCUUCACCUUCGAGCUCAGAGACAAGGGCGAGUUCGGCUUCAAACUGCCUGAAGAUCAGAUCCAGCCCACCUGUGAGGAGGCGUACCAGGGGGCGCUGUCCAUCAUCACCACCGUCCACGACAAGACCUUCACCAGCGCCGCGUUCACCAUAACAGCCACACUGUGGACCACGAUGACCGCCGCCUGCCUCUCUACCGCCACCUGGGUGUGAGCUGUAGACAGUGGGUCUUUCGCCAGGAGGGACACACGUUUUAUCACAAAUACAUAUGAGAGAGAACUGACCUAACGAUCAAAAUGGAGUUUGUCUGCGAUUUGAAAGACAAAAGUAAAAAACAAAAAGUUCUAAAAUUGUGUAAUAUGAACCUGUCUUAAAGAUCUCAGCUAAUUAUGAGCUUUUUUAUUAUUUUUUUUAAAUAAUGUUUUAUGAAUAUUUAUUAAAACCCAGUCGUUCCAUUGAAGCUAAAGGGUUAAACACUCCAUAUUCAUGGUGUAAAGAAAGCAAUGUACAAAUUUGAUCUCAGAUCAGGCCUUCAUUCGUUUAUUUAAUUUAAUUCAGUGUAUGACUGACACUGAUGACUUUGUAAACAAAAGUAUUUGAAUGUUUUUUGCUCAAAUUACUAAAAAUAAAUCUGCUUUUACCUACA